AUGCCAUACAACUGCUAUUCUGGAAACUUCUCUUGCCGCUCCUUUGGGGGCUACCUGCGUUACCCAAGGUCUUCUUGUGGCUCUUUCUACCCAAGCAAUUUGUUCUGCAGCACAGGCCUCCAGUCUCCCAGCACCUGCCAGCUGGGCUCCACGCUCUUCAGCGGCUGUCAGGAAUCCCACUAUGAACCCGCCAGCUACCAGACGUCCUAUGCUGUGUCCAGCCCCUGCCAGACUUCCUGUUACCGCCCGAGGACCUCCACCAUCUGCAGUCCCUGCAGGACGAGUUACACGGGGUCUCAUGGUAUUGGAUCCAGCAGCUGCUACUCCCUGGGCCGUAGAUCGAGAAGCUCCUAUUCCUCAGGCUGUGGACGCAGUGGCUUCAGACCUCUGGGUUAUGGAGCCAUUGGCUUCCCUUCCCUAGGUUAUGGAUCCGGGUGCUACCACCCAUUCUACUCAGGCUCUAGGACCUGCCAAUCUUCUUUCAGACCAACCUGUUGGUCUGGGUCUGGGGUCUACUGA